AUAAUUCCGAAAAAAAUCUUUAAAAAAUAUCUUAAUUACAAAAAAAUAAACUACAUUUUUAUUUUGUUAUUGUGUGUGCCUCUGUGUGUUUCUGUGUGUGCUGGCCAACUUCCUGUGCAACCGGUCUGCAAAACGAAAAAAAAAAUAAAAAUCCAACCCAUUCAUACAGCAUCCGACGCAAGUUGCACCUGCAACAUAAAAAAAAACAAAUACAACUAAAAAAAAAGAAAGAAAAGCAAUUUAUAGAAGUUGAAGUUGGCGACAUAAACCCGUUUUUUUUCGGGACGGGGGAACAAGGCAGCGCCUCCAAGGCCAAACACGAUAUCCACUUGGCCACAACACAAAAAAAAUAAGAGAAAAAAACACCUCGCAGGACCGCAAAAAUAAAAGUAAAGAACGAAAAUACAGCAGUGAACGACUUGCCACAUUUUUCCUGGACAUUUUCCUUUAUGCUGAGUUAACAAUUGCCCGGUGAAAAUGGCGAGAAUGCGCAGCAGUCGCCUCCUGGUGCCCCUGCCACUGAUUCUCCUGCUGAUCCUGACGACGCUGCUCCUCCUCCAGCCGACUGCCGUCCAAGCCAAGUCGAAGAAGAACAAGUCCAACCAGAACUCGCACCACAGUGACUCCUCCUCCUCCGCUUCGCAGGGAUCCUCCUCCUCGGCGGGAUCCUCCUCCUCGUCGAGUGACGAGAACAAACCGAAGGCCGGCGACAAUGGUGGCCAGCACUUUGCCAUGGAGCCGCAGGAUCAGACCGCCGUCGUGGGAUCCCGGGUCACGUUGCCCUGCCGGGUGAUGGAGAAGGUCGGCGCCUUGCAGUGGACCAAGGAUGACUUUGGCCUGGGCCAGCAUCGGAAUCUCAGCGGCUUCGAACGCUACUCGAUGGUGGGCAGCGACGAGGAGGGCGACUUCUCGCUGGACAUCUACCCGCUGAUGCUGGACGACGAUGCCAAGUACCAGUGCCAAGUGGGUCCGGGUCCGCAGGGCGAGCAGGGCAUUCGAUCGCGCUUCGCCAAGCUGACGGUUCUGGUGCCGCCGGAGGCGCCGAAAAUCACGCAGGGUGAUUACCUAGUGACCACCGAGGAUCGCGAGAUCGAGUUGGAAUGCGUCUCACAGGGCGGCAAGCCGGCAGCGGAAAUCACCUGGAUCGAUGGCCUGGGCAAUGUCCUAACCAAGGGCAUUGAGUAUGUCAAGGAACCGCUAGCCGAUUCGCGGCGCAUAACGGCCAGAUCGAUUUUGAAAUUGGCGCCCAAAAAGGAGCAUCACAAUACGACCUUCACCUGCCAGGCACAAAAUACCGCCGAUCGAACGUACAGAUCGGCGAAGCUCCUGCUGGAGGUCAAGUAUGCGCCCAAGGUCAGCGUUUCGGUGGUGGGUGGCGCCUUGGCGGGCGGUAAAAUUCCCGAGGGCGCCGAGGUCAUUCUCAGUUGCCAGGCCGACGCCAAUCCGCAUGAACUCAGCUACCGUUGGUUCAUCAACGAUGAGCUAAUGACCGGUGAUUUUACCACCAAAAUGAUUAUUCACAAUGUAUCGCGGCAAUAUCACGAGGCCACGGUCAAAUGCGAGGUGGUCAAUGCAGUGGGCAAAAGCGAGAAGAACGUCCAACUGGACAUCAGUUUUGGCCCCGUUUUCCGCCAGCGACCCGUUAGUGUGGAGGCCGAUCUGGGCGCCACUGUGAGCAUGCGUUGCGAGGUCGCCGGCAAUCCCACGCCCGAAAUCGAAUGGAUCAGCGAGAACAAUGAUAGGGUGGUUGGCAACGCACCGGAACUGAAGCUGAAGGUGAGCAGCGAGAACGCUGGCCGCUACUUCUGCAAGGCGGUGGUCAACGGAUUCCCCGAGAUCGGGGCCGAGGCGACGGUCUACGUGAAGAGGGCCCCGAUCAUCACGUCGCACAAGGUGCAGUUUGGCGGCGUCGGUGGUCGCGUGAAGAUCGACUGCCUGGCCUUCAGCAUCCCGAAGGCGGAGCACAUUCUCUGGUCGUUCGAGGGCAAGAUCAUCAAUAUGAGCAGUGCCGAUCCGGAUAUCUAUAUCUUCGAGGAGCACCACCUGCCGGAGGGCGUGCGAGCGGCGCUGAUAAUCAGGGACAGCAAGGCCACCCAUUUCGGCAAGUACAAUUGCACAGUGAUGAAUUCGUACGGCGGUGAUUCAUUGGUGAUAACCCUGCUGCGCGAACCCGGCAAUAUACCCGUUCUGCUGGUGGUCAUGGGCUCCAUGUUCUGCGUGGCCAUCGUCCUGAUGAUCGUGAUGAUCAUCAUUGUCUAUCGCAAGCGUCGCAGUCGCAAGAAGCCCAUGCCCGCUGACGUCAUCCCGGAGGCGUCACGUGGCGGUGACAAGCUGAAUGAACUGAAGAGCGAGCUGCGCUCGAAGGCCUACGAUGUGGAGUACUCGGAGGCGGGCGGCGAUGGUCUGGCCAUCAAUCUGACGCAAUCCCCCAUGCCCGAUGUCCAGAUGAAGGGCGCCACCCUGGGCGUUCCGCUCGCGGGACCCGUGAAGUUCGACGAGCGAUUCUCGGGCGACUUCGGUGGCGAUCGCUACAAUCGGCAGUGCCACAUCAAGAACCUGAAGAAUCAGCAGGAGACCGCCUACAAGGGCGGCAGUCCGCAGGCCAAUGGCUAUGCCCACUACUUCGAGUAUGCCCUGGACUACAGUCCGCCCGGCGAGGGCGGUGCGGCCGUGGUGGUGGGCGGCGGUGCUCAGGGUCAGGGUGGCGCCAAGGUCAAGAACGGUGGCAUGAACUCGGCUACGCUGCCCCACUCGGGCGCCUCUGUCAACGGGGGCGGCGCCGGCAAUGGGGGCGGGGCCAGUCUGCCACGCAACCAGCGACACGAACUUCAGCAGUCCCAGCAGGCGAACGGAUUUCUCGGUCAACCGCUACUUCAGAACGGCAUCGAUAGCCGAUUUAGCGCCAUCUACGGUAAUCCCUACCUAAGGACGAACUCCUCGCUGCUGCCGCCCCUCCCACCGCCCAGUACCGCCAAUCCGGCGGCCACGCCCGCCCCGCCGCCCUAUCAUGCAGCCCGCCACGGCCACGCCCACCAUGCCAACGGCGGCCUGAAGCACUUCGUGGGCGGCGCGGUGAUCACGACGAGUCCAGUUGGGAAUUUGAAUGGAAUGGGUGGCGGUGGAGGCGGAGGGGGUGGCUCAACGCCCAGUGGCGGAGGGGGCGUGGCAGCGGGCGGCAGCGUCAGCGGUAGCAGUUCGAAUUUAACCGCCAGCAGUAACACCUUGGCUGCCACGCCCCUGGCGGGCGGUGGCGGAAACGGCGGCCAGUGUGCCCAGAGUCCGUCCGGCCAAUUUAUACUGUCCAACAAUGGCAAGGGACACACGCAGAAAGGACCUCUGGCCACACACGUUUAAGUGGGAAGGCGAACUUUUCGAAAAUCCUGGAAAACGAAGGCAAAGAAGGAUAUAUAUAUAAAUAUGAAGCAUUAGCAUAACCCGUAAAUGUAUUAAAAAGCAGAACUUCUAGUGUGUAACCAUCCUUUUUUUUUGGUCGAUAAAUAUUAGCGUAAUUCUGGCUCAAGUGGUGUCAACUAUUUACGAUUGGGCCUCGCAAAGUAUAACUUCUACAUAUAAUUAUAUCAUGGCUGAAAUUUAAGCACUAAGAGCGAUUUUUCCUUUGCCUUUUUGUAAAUUUGUAUCGUACAGACCCGGAGGCAAUAGUUCGGCAUCCUUGAGCAAAAAACCUAACCAUGAAAAUAUAUUGUAUGUAAAGAAAAAAAAAACAGAAAAGAAAAGAAAACAAAAACCGUAUUGUGAUUUAUAGCGUUAAUUAUUUUACGGCAACGGCAAAUUAUAUCAACUAGUGCAAAUCUUAAGCUACUUAUCGAGUAAAAAAAUCGUAUAUCAAUUAAACACGAAACGUAUCGGAAAAGAAAUGAGAAGGGAAAAGCAUAAACAUAAACAUAAACCAACUACCAAACUUGAAAAGUUCAUUUUAAACAGCGAGUUGCAUACAAUUUUAAAAAACAAAAACCGAAAAUCAAUUCAAUUAAAUAGAAACGUAAUUAUGAAAUGCCUGUAGUUAGUUUCAAUUAAAUGAAAGGGA